UGUUAGUAUUUUCGUCUGAAGAAAAAGCGAUCAUUGUGAAAUUAUUUGUAAUAAUAACUAAUUAUUUAGAGUUUAAAAAAGUGCAAAAUAACCUGGAUAUAUUAGCUGCUAGUAAGAGAAACGUAUUACCACUAACCCCAUGCUUGGCAGUCCAUAUGUGAUGAUAGGAACUAUUGCCCUCUAUUUGAUAAUGGUACUCAAAGUGGCACCCAAAUUAAUGAAGAACCGACAACCUUUUAAAGUGGAUCUUUUAAUGCAGAUCUACAAUGUUUUACAAGUUCUACUCAAUUUGUUCAUCUUCUACGAAUUGAUGUGUUAUAGUUAUUUGAGAUCUGAUUUCAGUAUACUUUGCCAAGGACAUGAUCCAAAUGAUGUAAGACUGAAUACACUGAAAUUGCGCAGACCAGUUUUGUUGUAUUUGAUAUCAAAAUAUUUGGACAUCUUUGAUACGGUUUUCUUUGUGCUGCGAAAGAAGUACAAUCAAAUAACCUUGUUGCAUAUGUACCAUCAUUCAUUGAUGAUAUUUUCUCCAUAUGCUUAUGGCUCCAGGUUUUUUGACAAACGUAUUACCACUAACACACUUCUUGGCAGUCCAUAUGUGAUGGUAGCCACCAUUGCUCUUUACUUGGUGCUCAAAGUCGGACCCAGAUUAAUGAAGAACAGGAAACCUUUUAAACUGGACCUUUUAAUGCAGAUCUACAAUAUGUUUCAAGUUGUACUCAAUUUAUACAUUUUCUGGAUAUCAUUGCGUGAUACUUAUAUGAGACCUGAUUUCAGCCUUCUUUGCCAACGAUUUGACCCCAACGAUGUAAGGAGUGUUACGCUAAAGUUACGUGUACCCUAUUUGCUGUAUCUAUUCUCAAAAUAUUUGGACAUCCUUGAUACGGUCUUCUUUCUACUGCGAAAAAAGUAUAAUCAAAUAACGUUGUUGCAUGUAUACCACCAUUCGUUAAUGAUUUUUUCUCCAUAUGCUUAUGGCUCAAGAUUUUUUGCUUCACAUUUCUCUUCACUCGGUAUCAUGAAUUCUCUGGUCCAUGCUGUGAUGUACACCUAUUACUUUAUAGCAUCUCUGAAACUUAACAUCGAUUUGUCAGAGUGGAAGAAGCGAGUCACCCAAAUGCAGUUGAUGCAAUUUGGUUUAUUGGCCUUUCAUUUCGGUCUGCCAAUUGCUAUUGGAAAUCCGUGUAACUUGGACGUACCAUGGACGUUUGUGGCAUCCGCCAACAACAUGUGCAUGAUUAUUCUUUUUUCGAAAUUCUACUACAAUGCCUAUAUACGCAAGACUAAACAGAAGCUGUAAAUAAUAUUAUAUACACUGAAAAAAUUUUUUACUAAUAUGUAUAUAAGAUUUUUUUCGUAGUAUUGAGGAAGCGAUUUUUUCCUAAACGAAAAGUAAAUGCUCCUAAUGUUUACGAUUUUAUGCUUGGUUUUAAGAA